CAAACUAGCUAUCCUAAUUUUAGUUAUAUAGCAUUGGAUAUCUUAAGUAUUCUUGCUAUGUUAGUUGUCCCUGAGUAUCUGUUUUCUAGCACCAAGUUUCUAAUUUCGGAACUACAAAAUAAACUCGGUGUAGAUAUUAUUAAGGCCUUUGAGUGCUUGAAAUUGUGG